UCUAGGCUAACCGGGACCCCAAUGCCAAUGACGCUGAGAUCAUCGAAAUCGACGAUGACAGUAACGAAGAUGGUGAAGAGGAAGUGACCGAGGAGGACGAAAUGGACGAGGAUGAGGAUGUGCCAUACAGUGACGAAAUUGAGGGAGAAGAAGAAGAAGAAGAAGAGGAGGAGGAGGAGGAGGAGGAAGAGGAGGAGGACCACUUCGCAGGACAAGCGAAUGGGAUCAAGUCAAGGGUGAAUGGCUAUGCGAAGGCUGCUGCUGAGGAUUCUCGAGGUGAAACAACUACCCCCGAACUCUUCACCUCUGCUGGCGCACAGCAAGCAUUACACCCCCUUCGUCGCACGGCUGAUCGCGUAACGCGCCAGAUCGAGGCAUUCGCGGAGAAGUUGGAUCGGUUCAAGCAAAAGGGCAACAGGUCCGAUGACUUUGGACGCUUCCAGGCCGCCUACCAACUUGUGAAGAGCUACCAGACGUUUACGCAGGAUGCUAUUCAAGACAUCUCGAAGCAAUCUACGUUAAAGCGCGCCAAGAUGGGAUGGUCCGCUAGUCGAAACGAGACCGCAGCGCAGGACCCCAAGACCGAAGAGGAACUCCAACGACUACAACUGGAAGCGACUACCUGGCAACUCCUUCUCAACCUUAUCAGCAUCGACAACCCGGCCGGUCAUGAAAUGGACAAGGAAGCGCAGGAGACGGCAUUCCAGAAGCUACACCGAUACUCGUCCGAUCGCGAAGUCUGGGAGCAAUUCCUCACCGCGGAUCCCUAUGCCCGUGAAUGCGUGAUCGUCAUGAAAUGGCUCGAACAUACUGCCAAGACUCAGUCUCAGGACAUCGAUUCGUUGAUUGCCGAUUUGGAAAAGCAGGCGGAGCGCGGACAAGGCCUGUGGGCACAUGGCUGGCUUUACACCAAGGAGGCUAUCAAGGGACAGAAGCGACUGCGGGCCUGGCCUCAACCUCUCGAGCCCAAUGAUCCCGGUAUCACGAUUUCGCUGCUGCGUUCGGACAAAUCGGGGGCGUUGAUCACUCAGUUGGAUCCUGAUGCGAUUACGAGACAAAAGAACCUUCUUCAAAAGCAGGAUCAAUUCCACGAACGAGCUACCUGGAUGACUUGCUGGAAGAUGGUGAGGCAGGGUGAGAGCUGGACGAAGAUCAGGGAAUGGGCACAAGAGCGCUUGGAGCAUUGGCGAGCGGUUAGUCUGUGUGGUUCCAGUGUCGAUAAGGAUUCGCAUGUUGGAAAGACUCCUGUGGACGACGGCACUACCCGCAUGAUGAACUUCCGGUCCCAUGGUCCCUGGCAGGCUGCCUGCUCAGCCCUCGCGCACAACUCGACCUCGGAGGAUUUCGAGCGUGCGGUGUACGCGUUGCUUUGCGGUGAGACGGAGGCGGCCUUCAAGGUCUGCCAAAACUAUGACGACUACCUCUAUGUUCACUUCAACAGUGUCGUGCUCGGUCGUUACCAAGGAUUCUGCAAACAGUUCCAGAGAAAGCUUGCUUUCUCGCCCACUACGCCGGCUGCCUUUUUGCCUGAGCCUGCUAGUUACAAUGACACCAGCAAGUUCUUGCAAGCUGCCAAGGGCAAUGAGCGGAUUGGCGCUGAAGCACGGAACCCUUACCGUACUAUUCAAGCAGUGAUUCUGGGCCGUGGAUACGACAGCUUCUUCCAGCGGUUGGCUUCGGCGGUUUCGCAUGUGGCAAAUAGCAAGUCUGACGGCUCCAGCUAUGUGCCUGAACUGUCAUCCAUGUCGGUUGAUGAGUCGCUAUUUAUCGCUGCGCAGGAUGAGGACUCUUUGAGAAUCGCAACACACCUUUACCUUGUUGCGGACUCGAUUGGCUAUGUCCGCUCCGACACGCAAUUCUUCGAAAACGUGUCCGUGAACGUGACUGGAUAUAUCCAGAAUUUGGAAGAAAGAGACCUGUUCGACGUCAUCCCUCUAUAUGCAUCGCUUCUGCCUCAACACCUGGCGCACUCCGCUCUCGGCCAGAUUCUGCUUCAAAUCGUGGACCCACGGGAAAGAAAGCAGCAAGUGCGACUUAUGGAGAAGCAUGAGAUCGAUAUCGAAGCUGUGUUCGAGGACCAGUGGGCGUGGGUUAGUAGCAGCGUCGAGGCAGUCGAACACUCGACGACCGUUAAACGGUACCCCAAGGUCCUGCGGAGGUCUGAUGGGUCGCCAUAUCUGGCACCUGUGCGGAGGGAUCUUAUUGGAACAUCUAUCACGGAACUUGAUGAUUACAUGAUUCGCAGCCUGGAGUGGCUUCGAUACAUUGACGGCCAGUGGGGUAAGAUUUGCUAUCUGGGUGCUCAGUUGUAUCGGAGAUUUUUCAUCUCCGGAAAACUUGCUGCUGCUCGAGAGCUGAGUCGACGCAUGAAUCUGUCACAUCUCUCACAAGAAUCGUUUGGAUUCGACGUCGCUGAGUUCCCUAUAGAAAUGGAGGAUAGCUCGGACGCGCCUACACCAGAGCCUAUGAGUCCGAGUAAGAUCAGACUCCCUGGCUCUGCGCAUAAGCGGAGUCGGUCGAAUGGCGUCACGAAUGGUGCCCAGCAAAGCAUCUUGUACCAGCAGUCGCAGACGAUGCGUAAUCUGGAAGCUUUGAUUCUCGCGUUUGAUGCACUGGAGAACUUUGCCAUGUUAUGGGAGAAGCUUGACAAGAAUCGCCGUCGACGGGACACUGGUACGACCAAGAACCUUCGGGUGGAACUGCAGGAAGCACUGGACGAAAUCGGGCUGAACGUGGAUGCCAUUCUCGACGAGUGGCUCAUUCCUGCUGAUAACGAACCAAACGUGUCCGAACUCGAAGAAAUCCGCCAAACAUACAUCCCCGAACUAUUCCUCGACUACCACAACGCCCUGUACUACGCCGCGCACGUCCUCUCCGGAGAAAUCCUAGUUCAAUGCAUGAACCUAGGAAUGCAAGUAUCUGAGAACGAGCAUCUAACGCGCAGCUUCAUCGGCGCUAAGCGCAUGCGGGAACUCGUCGACGCGCUGGCCGUAUCCAGCAAGGCGAUGGUGAAUACGCAUUCGGAGCCGGGUAAGAGGUUGCUUGGAGGUGAGAUGCUGGGCGUCUGGAAUGUGCAGGUUGAGUCGGAGGAGGAGGAUGAGAUUCGGAUGGCGAGGUCAUGAUAUUUGCUUGGAUUGGGCGAGGGCUUAUUUAGCUAGGGUCGAUUUGAUCUGGGUGUCGGAUGUAUAUUAGUACUAUUAUCUUCGUGGGAUUUUGCUCAUUGGUUUGAUAAUGGAUGCGUGGUCGUGGAUUUGUAUUUGUAUUAGGGCAAUCGUCAGUGUUGUCACUCCUUUUCCCUUUAAGGUCAUACACUCGUAGUUGACAAAAAUGUGUUUUCUCCCC